AUGUCGUUUCGGUACGCUCGUAAGCACGGCUUCAUACUAGCAGAAAAGGAUCACCGAGCUUUUGAACUGGCGAAUGGUAAGGCGGCUCGCGCCUUAGGAAAAGUGGAGGCAAAGUGGAGGUUCUCUGCAGAGCCUGAACGAGGUUACGAUUUGGUUUUUUACGUCUUGCGCAAAUGCUCCCGUCACGUUAUUUUGGGAAACAAGUUCCUCCAAGAGACGAGGACCAUGUCAGUUCAUAAGCAACGCAUUCGCUAUGCUAAACGGAAGAUGUUGACGCAGCGAGUUGUCAAUCUUAUCGGGAACCAUAACAAGACUCAGAGAAUGGCAGGUUAUCUUAACGGGGUGCCUGUUUUAGCAUUGCCGGACUCCGGGGCUCAACCGAAUAUCGUCUCAGCUGCGUUCGCUGAGGCAAAUGGCUGGGAAAUAUCGGAAAAUCACUCUAGCCUGAAGUUCGCGGAUGGAUCUGUCCAAGAGAGCCUCGGCCAGGUGUGCGGGACAUGGCGCUUUGGCGAAAAUGACGGACGAGAGACGCGACAGCUAAUUUUCGAAGUUCUUCGUGACUGUCCCUUCAACGUCGUGCUUGGCCAGGAAAUAGUCUACGGCCUUGGUAUAUAUCAGAACUAUGCAGACUCGAUGAUUACAAUUAUUUGCCUAAGCAAAUAUGGUAAUGGUUUCAAUCUCGUGGUCUACAUACCGCGUUUCCUUAAGAAGCUUAGGGAGAAACUAUCAAAAGGAUGUAGCGCCGAUACUUCUGCUACACAAGAUAACAAAGAGAAAGAGCUUGAGGAUGAGUUGCUUUUGCGGAAAAUAGAAAAUCAAGAGCUUGAGAGACUCUCGGAGCUGCGCAAGAGUAUUCGAGAGAGGGAAAUAGCUACAAGAAGACAACGUUGGGAAGCUGCCCAUCGCGCCCGUGGCGUGUAA